UUGGAUUUCGAGUCGGCUUACUUUGGUUUGAUACCACAAGCUAGCACGUUUUAAUUGUCCACUGUUGCAACAUUUUACACAGUGCACUGGGUGGUGCUGACAAACAUUUUUCUCGGGGACGUUCUUUUCCCACGGAUGCCCAUUACUUACAUCCUGCGUCGUAUCCUUCCGUCGUGCCAGUGGCUGUGUUAGCGCCCUGACUGGUUAGCUUUUUAGCUAGCCUCGAAGCACAGCUCCCGCACCGGCUUUUUCAGCUGAAGAAACAUCAACAGGCCGCUAAAUAUUUUUUCGUUGUUUGUGCACUGAGGUUAUCGGCCCACCUGGCUUAUCGCAAGGAGAAAUGUAUCAAGUCCCAGUGACCGACGUGACAACACUCAGGAAAGCUCGGACAAAAGUUAAAAUUGCCCUUGAAGAUAUUGGAUUGGAGUAUUGCAAGGAGGUGGUAAAGGACUUUUGUUCAGAUGAGGAACUUUCCAAUGAUAUGCCACAUACUGAUGUCUGUUUGUGGCAUCCUGCUUACUCUAAAAUACAGGGAUAUCGAUCGAGGCCUUUUUGGUGCGGAGUAUGUCAUUUUUCUUCCAGAAGCUACCCAAGCUACCAGAAUCACUUCCGUAAUGCACACAAAAAAUCAAUUCAAAACAGACUUCUUCUCAAAUGCUCUUACUGUGUAUUUAUUGGGAAAAAGUCAACGUUGGACAUCCAUGUAAGAAUAUUCCACAAAGACAAGUUAGAACAGCAGCAGGCUGCGAGGAUAGCGGCCACGAGACAGCGGCAGCUACAGCCAAAGAGGGCCGCCAAUGGUGCCGUAAGGCCAAUGUACUAUUGCAAAAAAUGCAUGUACCGCGACACUCUCUACAACGGCGUGAGGAGGCACAUCUACAGGGAACAUUUUAAGCACGUCGCCACACCGUAUCUGGGUAUGGUUUCCAAAUCAUCCGUUCAAAAUGGCGCCCCAUUCAACGGCGACAACAUCCUAUGUAAACGCUGCAGGUUUACCACAAAAAGCUACGAGUCACUUGUGCAGCAUGUCAUUGAGUACCAUGAGCGCAUUGGUGCUCAAGUGACCACCAUGAUAGGACAUUCUAAUGUUACGGUCUCCAGUUUACCAAGCAUGUCCCAGAAGUCCUCUAUGGUUGUCAACGGGGGGUCACCAAUGGUGGUUAAUCCGAAGUCACAAGUCAUUGGCUACUUAAAGCCAGCGGCUCCUGUUUUUAAAAAUCAGUCGGUGGUCGCUGCCAAAGAGGACCCCGUUCCUACCACCAAGAGCACCGCCGAUGAAAGUAGCGGGCCUGUUGUUAACACAGGCAAGACACAGAAGUGGAAGAUAUGCACCGUGUGCAAUGAGCUCUUUCCUGAGAACCUCUACAGUGCUCAUUUUGAAAGUGCUCACAAGGCAAGGAGAGUGUGGGCUCUGGCCAAGUAUAUCAUGAAAAUCCAUAACUUCACGAGCAAGUGUUUGCUCUGCAACCGCUACCUGCCCAGUGAUACACUGUUGAACCACAUGCUAAUACACGGAAUCACUUGUCCGCAGUGUCACUCCGCUUUCCACAGUGUUGAAAAACUUCUUGACCACGAGCGGCAGGUCCACCUUGAGGCUUAUGUCGGACCCCCGGGAGCAUCACCCUUAACAUUUGAUCUCACCAUCAAACAGAACAUCCAGCUUCACAUUCUCACCUUUAACAUGAAGAAGGCAGACGGCCAAGAUCAUUCGGUGGGCGGCUUGAAUAUGGGCAGCCCUCACGGCAAAGCGACACCGUCCACAUUUUCAGAGCUAUCCAAUCAAUCGCCGGACAUGUUCUAUACGGUGAUGGAAGCCAAUGAGAUAGAGAGGCCAAUGUGUCCGCUGUGUUGCGCCAUUUUAAAAGAUCCCGCCCCCGAUGCUUUGGUAAUUCAUCUGAGACAGCGACAUCAAGUACUCCAAACAAUGCAUCCCGUUGAAAAAAGAUUGACGUACAAGUGCAUUCAUUGCUUGGGAGUGUACACUAGUAACAUGGUGGCUUCCACAAUUACGCUGCAUCUUGUCCAGUGCCGAGGAGUCGGGAGGAACCAUGGAAUGCAAGGUCCCAAGGCAGCGUUGCCCCUUCACUCGUCAGGAGUGAACAUCAUUAAGAAACAGCUGCCAACACGUGCGGUAACUCACCCAAGGAAGGUGAAAAUGGCUCACGCUGGUCAAGACGGCCUGGCGCUAAAACCUAAAAUCAAUGAGAAUAAGACAUAUGAGGCUCGGAAAAACUUCUUAAAGGCCUACUUCAAUCAAAAACCAUACCUUUCCCCCAAAGAAGAGAAGAAACUGUCUGCGAGUCUGUGGGUUUGGAAAGCGGACAUCUGUAAGCACUUUGAAACCAUGCAAAAUGCGUGUAAAAGACAAUGUGAAGCAUCAAACGCAUCCGUGCUGCUGGGCUUUGACAUGCAGGCGCUCAAGAAAGUGAAGCACGACAUCGUCUUUGAGAACAUCCAGCGUGACGGUACGUCAGAGGCCAGGCCUGGUGGCCUCAAGUCCGGUACUCCAAACAUGACACAAAACUCUACAAAACUAUUACCCCAGAGCAUGCCCCCUGCCAGACGGAUCGUAUGCAAUGAGCCCAUCUUGAUUGACUCAGAUAGUGACCCAGAAACAGAACCCAUACUUGUUGCUAACACAAAUGGUGACCCAGACCAGCUGAAGAUUCAAUCCCGAAAGCCGGCAAAGUCAACAAAAACAGAGCUAAUGUCUGUUGAUAACACAAAUAAUCAGUCAGCCCUGCAGGUGACUGAAUCCCAACAGCCGGAAUCAACAGAAACGGAACCGAUGCCAGUUGAUGACACAGAUGACUCGGAUCUGGAGAAGACUGAAUCCCGACAGCCAGAAUCAGCAGAACCAGUACCUGUUGAUGACACAGAUGACUCGGACCUGGAGAAGACUGAAUCCCGACAGCCAGAAUCGACAGAAACAGAACCAGUGCCCGUUGAUGACACAGAUGACACAGAUGACUCGGACCUGGAGAAGACCGAAUCCCGAAAGCCAGAAUCGACAGAAACAGAACUUGUGCCUGUUGAUGACACAGAUGACUCGGACCUAGAGAAGACUGAGUCCCAACAAGCAGAAUCAAAAGAAACAGAACCAGUGCCUGUUGAUGACACAGAUGACUCGGACCUAGAGAAGACCGAAUCCCAACAACCAGAAUCAAAAGAAACCGAACCAGUGCCUGUUGAUGACACAGAUGAUGACUCGGACCUGGAGAAGACUGAAUCCCAACAACCAGCAGAAUCAGGAGAAAUUGAAUCAAUGCCUCUUGCUAACAGUAACGACGGCUCGGACCCCCAGAAGACUGAACCCCAACAGCCAGUAGAAAUAACAGAAACGGAACCAAUGCUUGUCGAUGACACAGACGGUGACCCGGACCUGCAAAAGACUGGAUCCCAACAGCCAGCAGAAUCAACAGAAAAGGUGGCACAUGUAAGCACAUUCGAGCCUUUAAACGCCGAUGAAGAAUCUUUGCAAGACGGACUUCGAGAGGCUUGAAACCCUUCCUGUUGGUGUCCGUUUUGCAAGUGUGCCUUUAAGCAAUCAUCUGAACAAGGAGUUCCAUUGGCUCGUAUUGUCCAAUGAAAGUAUGUGUCUUUUUUUUAAAUUGUUGAAAAAAAGGGAGGGUUGAUAAAAUGUUACGGACAUGCAUGCAUGCGUAUUGUUCGGCGGCAGUGUUAUCACAUGACCACACAUUCACAUUGUUCCAGGGGUUAUCAGUGUAUAUACUUUAUGUAACACUUAUAAACGACAUAUGUUCUCAUUUCUGAGAGAUAUAUUUUUAAUGAGGUGACUUCAACCUGUACUAUAUUGCCAGUGUUUAUUUGGAAACUGUAUAGUUAUUGAAAAAAA